UCCUCGCGAUCGUAGCUAACAUGGCAGCAUAUGUUGCAGAUGGUGCCACAAGUCAUGCUGGAUACAUAAUAACUUUCCUAAAUUCACACUUUGACGACAACAUUAAGUCGCUAGAUAAAAUAAGAGACGUUGUUAAAGAUGUCAAAGAGCAAAAAGAUACACUUGAAAAAAGGCUGUCACAAGUCAGUAAAGAGGUUCCUAUUGAGAUCAAGAAAGCAAUAACAACAGCAGAAUCAGUAACAGCUAAGAUUGUUGCAAUUGGAGAAGAAAAAGAAACUCUUCAACAUGAAGUGUUGGACCUUGUGCAUGAACUGCAACCAAUGGUGGAGGAGCUAAGUCGGCUGACUUCACAGCUUCAGGAGCUAGAAAAGCAUUCUAAAUAUCUGGCCUUUGUGGCUCGUGUUGAGGAACUCAGUUCUGAAAUGCAGAGCUGCUUGCUGACAGAAUCUUUGCAGCCUGCUCUUGAGAGUUUCCAUGCUCUUACGGCGCUGUAUGAUGAGUUGCAAGAUUCCAAAUGUAAGCAUCUGUUAAGCUUCAUGACUGACACCAUUCUUUUCUGGAAUCAGAUUCUACGAGACAGGGUUGCAGAUGAAUUUGAGGAGGUGUUGAAAGUCAUGCGUUGGCCUACUGUUCCCACUACCAUGAAAGCCCCACCUGUCAGUAAUUACAGUGAACUUAAAACCCGACUCCAGAGACUGUUCAAGAAACUACUACAUCUUCAGUUACCUGAUUCAAUUAGUGUAGAAACAUUGCCCAGCAAUCCAUUGCUGCAGAAAAUACCUGGAAUGCGACCCUUGCUGCUGCCUCUUCAACUUAUGGUAAAACCACUGAAGAAAAGGUUUAGGUAUCACUUCUAUGGAAAGCGCCGAACAAAUUCUAUUGACAAGCCAGAGUGGUACUUCACCCAAGUGCUCAACUGGAUUCGCGAUCACUGGGACUUCCUGGCCCAAAACAUACAGCCAUUGCUAGAUGAGACAGAAUAUAAGGAGAUAUGUGCAAAUACAGAGUUCAUGCGAGGGAUGGUGAUGUUGGUAAUGGAGAAACUAGCAGAUGACUUGCCACGGCUUCUGUACAAUGAUGUUGUAUUUUCUCACACCGUGGAUGAGGUUCUUCUGUUCGAUAGAGAACUGCGCUCUACUCAUGGCUACCCUCCAACAUUGCCUGGAUGUCUUGACUUGCUUACCACACCUGAAGCUCUCAGCAAAUGGCUUGCUGUGGAAAAAAAGUUUGCAGUUGAGAAGGUUGAGAGGAUGCUGGAAUCACCCACAGCUUGGGAAUCACAGUAUAAGGACAUCGUGGAUGUAGAUGAGGUCAAAGUGCCAGAAUGUGCAGAAAGCUUUAUGACGCUUCUGUAUACCAUAACAGACAGAUAUAAGCCUCUGCCAGAUCCUGUGGCCAAAGUGCAGUUUCUUGGGCUUCAGCUAGAGCUUCUGGAGGAUUUCCGUAUUCGUCUGGUACAAGUGAUGAAGGAUGCUGCUCCUGCUCCUACUGCCCACACCCAUACUGCUGUCCUUAAUGCCAUCCAUUACAUUGUCCAGGUUUUGAAGGAGUGGAGUGAAAUGGUGUUUUUCCUGCAAAUUCAGUAUUUUCGUACCAACCACACCAGGUUGGUGCAGGAGAAUUUAAGAGAAAGUCAUGAAAAAAAGACUUCUUGCAUCAGCCCUCCAAAAUAUGGGAUCUCUUCUCCUGUCAACACUAGCCAAUCUUCAGAUGCGUUGGCUUUGGAGCUAGAGAAUCUACCUUCUCUUCACACCACAGUGUUUGAGGACAUUGUAGAUCUAUUUGAGAGCAUCAUGAAUGAUAUGCUGAAGAACAUUGUCAGCUAUGUCUUCACAGAUGUACAAGCUCGAAGUCAGCCCUAUCGUAAAGACAAGUGGUUAGCUUUGUCAUCACAGAAAGACCUGGUCACAACGCUAGGUUUGUCAACGUCAGCCUGUGAAAUGUUGUUGGUAUUAAAAGACCACUUGUGUCUUGUUGAACAGCGUCUUAGUCGGCCACUAUUUGUAAAAUUUUGGCAACGUCUGGCAGCAAGACUCAAUAGUUUUAUUUAUAAUGAGGUUAUUCUGGCCAAUCACUAUAGUGAAGGCGGAGCCAUGCAGCUGCAGUUUGACAUGGUUCGCAACUUGUUCCCACUUUUUGGGGAAUACACCCAAAAACCAGAGUCAUACUUCAGAGAGGUCAGAGAGGCCUGCACAUUGCUGACCCUGAAAACUGGUUCUGCAAUACUUUUGAAGGAGACACUAUAUUCUGCAUUGCACGAACCCAGCAGAGAUGCCAGCCUCCAGCAGACAGACCCUAAAGCUGCUUUAAGAGAUAUUGGUGUAUUUACUCUCACACCUGAACAAGCGGAAUCUGUACUUAGCCUUAGAACCCAUUUGUCAGUCACAUGAUAAUGCAUAGGUGAGUAUAUACAGAGUGAUUCCACAGCAGCCUUGUAAGGGAUAAUGGUUUGGCUGUAGUGAGUGAACUACACAACAGACUCAAGAUAUCUGUCUUCAAGAUAAAAGUGCUUUUUUUCCUGUGUGGAAUAUGGUAUUAUGGUGUGUUAGCAAUGUCUUUAGCUGUGGUUGAAUCUUACUGCAAAGUACUGUGCAGCCAGGAAGGCUAAAUACCAUCAUUUUUAAUCAUUAUUUAUCGGACUGUUAGGUUUUUCAUAAAAAGACUAGACAAAAUACUUGUAAUGAGAAAUUUAUCUCCAUGAAAAUGUUUUUCAUCAAAGCGUAGCAAGUAUCUUUGGCAGAUGUAUUUAUAUACAGCAGCAUCGUAUUAAAGGUAGCAUGAAGAGUAUGUUAUAUGGGUCCAGUCUGAUUAUAGUGUGCUGGCAUACAUAUGUAUAUAAAAUUAAAAUAUGCAUGUGUGCUAUAUAUAUUUGAUUGCAUUCCUGUGCAUGCAUGUGUCUUCAUAUAUAGGAUAUGCUUAUAUAAAUUAAUGUAUUUAUAUAUUACUGCACUCUGUUGUUCACAUAAUUGUAUGCUUACAGGAAUGCAGUAAAAGAGUUGUGAAUGAAGGAUCAGUAUUUUAGUAAUCAGGAAUUUCAACCCAAGUUUCUAGUGGCUUUAUCACUGGCAUCUGUGUCUAUGGAUCUCGAUCAUAGGGGGAAUACAUGUGCAUAUAGCAGGAGUAUGUCAUGUUUGAACCAGAUUUAGACUGCUAAGACUUGCUGUUUAGUGUCAGACCAUUACUUACAACAUGCAUUCUGCACAUGCAAUGGCCCUACAGGAUGGAAUGAUAAGUUAGAUGGGGACCAGUGGCUGAAGUCACAAAAAAUCCAGAUGUUCAUGUAGCUAGAUAGUCACUGUACAUUGAGCUGUUAAUUUCAGGAUGCUGAUAAAUGUGAGCUAGUGUUAGCUGACCUACACAACUCUAACCUAAAGCAAGUCUUUAAAGUGCUGAUAAAGCAGCAAGGAGCAAUGGAGACUGAAGCCUAGUGCUACUGGUAAGGUCACCCUUGAUCUGAGAUCCAAGAGUAGCAGACAAUCUGCAUUCCAAAGGUUCCUCUACACGCACACACAUUCUUGCAAAAUACACUGUAUCAUACAACACAUGUACAUAAUGAUGUAUAUGCAGAAAGCCAGACACUGCCAAGUACAUUGAUGACUGCAUGCUGAUAGCUGCAUAUUUAAUGUGUGUAAAUGCAUUUUCCAACCAGUUUGCAAAGAAAAGCAUAAACUUUAAAUAUUUUAUUAAAAUGAUAAAUGCAAAAAAGAGUGUAAAUAAAAUUCUUACACUUCAA